GCGCAGCACAGGGCAGUUUGUGCAGUGUCAGGGACGGGUAGGCUACGUCGCUCUAGCUCGCUGGCAUGGUUCGACACACUCCGUGACUCCCACGCUAGUAACCAUGGCGUGGACGGUCACAAGCCAAGCGAUACGCCUCACCGUCACGCUCCUCUUGGUGCUUCUUGGAGCGACUCCUGACACUCUGGCUAAGAAGUGUCUCAACUGUUACACAUGCAUCUGUGAAGGUCAGAAAGGAGUCACUGGGGCGCCAGGACUCACCGGACUGCAAGGCUCCACUGGCAUCCCAGGAGACCAGGGGCCUGAGGGACCACCAGGUCCUUCUGGCGUGCGUGGUGACUUUGGUGACCAUGGAGCAAUAGGGGAGAAGGGCAGUCGAGGGACCAUGGGCAUGCCAGGGUUUCCAGGCACAGCAGGCAUCCCUGGCCUGCCUGGGCUUGAUGGGCCAGCAGGGGAGGAUGGGCCACCAGGGUGCAAUGGUACAGAUGGGGCACCUGGCCCUGAUGGACCACCUGGAAACCCAGGGCGGCCUGGACCACCAGGCCCUCCUGGACUGAGAGGUCCUGUGGGAGAUUCUGGAGAUGGCGGCUCUAACUCUCCGGGCAUUAAGGGAGACCAGGGAGAUUUUGGCCUUGUAGGUGUGAGGGGUUUCCGAGGCCCACCAGGACCUAGGGGACCAAGAGGAGAUUAUGGCAUUCCCGGCCUCAAGGGUGUUCGUGGAGAGUUGGGUGAGAAAGGUCUUAGAGGAGAACAAGGAGGCCAAAUUGAUAUUCCCAGUGACGCUUAUGAACAGGGACAAGAACGAUUCCCUUGGAUAGGUGAUCCUGGUCAACGAGGAGAAAAGGGCGCCCCUUCAAGAUAUGACAUUUAUGGAAUUACUACACAAGACAUCAAAGGAGACAGGGGUGAUGAUGGAGAUAAAGGUGUGGAUGGCCUACCUGGUGAAGAUGGCUUAAAAGGUGAGAAAGGUGAUGCUGGAGAGAAAGGCACCAAGGGUCAACCAGGAUCUGAAGGACAGAAGGGCAAGCUUGGGCGUCAGGGGCGAGCAGGGCCACAGGGACUUAAAGGCUUCAAGGGUGCACCAGGAGUAGCUGGAUUCGCAGGACCUAAGGGGAUGAAGGGUGAGUUUGGAGAGAAUGGCCUCAAUGGACGACCAGGUCCUGUGGGAGAUGCAGGCCCUCCAGGAAUUCCAGACCCAAGAGACACUACUGUAUACAACGGUCCUCCAGGACCCCAGGGUAUCACUGGGUCCCCUGGUCCUCCUGGAGAGGAUGGUAAUAAUGGUCGGCCAGGAGGAGUGGGCCUGCGUGGUCCUCCAGGUUUUCCUGGAAUUGAUGGGGAGGAUGGAACUCCUGGCUCUCCGGGACGCUCAGAGAAAGGCGAUGCUGGAGAUGACGGAUACCCUGGCUUUAUUGGCCGGCCUGGACCACAGGGCCAUAGGGGUCCACCGGGCAUUCCAGGCAACAAGGGUCUUCCUGGGGACCCUGCUUACGGGACUAAGGGUGCAGAUGGUUUCCCUGGCCGGCCUGGUAGAGAUGGUAUCCCAGGAUCCAGGGGGUCGCCAGGACCUAAAGGUCCCAAGGGAUUCCCUGGUCAGGGAGUGGUGAAAAUUAUUGGGCCCAAAGGUCCCAAAGGUCUCCCAGGCCCACCGGGAGAGCCUGGCAUCCCAGGUUUGGAUGGGAAGAAUGGCUUCCCUGGCCAGAAGGGUCCACAAGGAGACAUCUGCAUUCCAGCCGAGAGGAGUCCAUGUGAGAGGGGAGACACUGGUGACCCGGGUUCACCAGGGCUGUCUGGACGUCCAGGACCACCAGGGCUGGUGGGUCGGCGGGGCCCCAAAGGGGAGAGCGGCAAUCCAGGACUUCCAGGAAUGAGGGGAAUUGAUGGAGCUCCAGGCUCUCCUGGGUACAGUGGAAGACCAGGCAUGAAGGGUGAGCACGGUGAUCUCAUUCCUGGGAGACUGAUGAAGGGCCGGCGUGGUAGUGACGGCGACUCAGGAAUAAAGGGAACCAAGGGCAUGGCCGGUGACUUGGGUGAAGAUGGUCCUGUUGGUGAUCGUGGUUUAACUGGAUUUAUUGGGGACAGGGGCAUCCCAGGAGAGAGUGGCCUAUAUGGAGAGCGCGGUGACCCAGGCUUGUCAGGAGUGGCUCAGAGAGGUGAUGCAGGAAUCCCGGGAGUGGAUGGCAACAAGGGUGAGCCAGGUGAGGUGGGCCUGCCAGGCAUUCUUCAGUCUGAUGAAUACAAUAUCAAGGCCAAGGGGCCAAAGGGACCUCCAGGUGAAAGAGGGGAGAAAGGUUUCCCAGGCCCUGCUGGUGAUCGGGGUAACGUGGGACUUAAGGGAGAGAGAGGUUCCUAUGGAAUAUCCAUAACAGGGUUUCCAGGUCCUAAAGGUUACCGAGGCAUUCCUGGUGAUGUAGGACAGACUGGUAGGAAAGGAGAGCGAGGAGACCCUGGCAUUCCAGGAAUACCUGGAUUCCCAGGCAUCAAGGGUGAGGAAGGUGAGGAUGGCAUCAGUGGACUGCAGGGUCCAUCAGGAAUACCAGGUCGGCCAGGACAAAAGGGUGAGCCUGGGUUGGAUGGCUAUGCUGGAUCAAAAGGAUAUUUUGGAUUGACUGGCCCACCUGGCUUCCGGGGAGCCAAGGGAGCCCCAGGAGAAGCAGGACUGCAUGGCUCAAAGGGUGCUAAGGGAGAAAUCGGUGACAGCAUCAAGGGUCGGCCUGGUGUGGCUGGCAUACCUGGGCCUCCAGGCAUCUUUGGUACGCCAGGCAGACAAGGUCUUCCAGGUAAUCCGGGCCUGCCAGGACCCAGAGGCUACAAGGGUAUUCGAGGGGACCCCGGGUUUGCUGGCUUGAUAGGAGUCAGAGGAGACAAAGGCCAGAGUGGUUUCCCAGGAGGUCAAGGUCUGCCGGGGAGGAAUGGAUUCAUCGGCGUCAAGGGAGAGGCCGGCUUAAUGGGUGUUCCAGGCACUCCUGGUGAGAGAGGUGUUGAUGGGGUGCCAGGUCGUCCUGGCCCCAAGGGAGAGUUUGGAGACAGAGGACUGUUUGGCCAAAGAGGUUUCCCAGGCAUUCCUGGAACCAAGGGACCAAAAGGUUUCAUAGGUGAACCAGGAUAUCGAGGACCACCAGGCCUGAAUGGCACCUUUAGUGGCCACGGAGAAACUGGAGACAUGGGACCGCCUGGUUUUGAUGGUUCGGUGGGUCCACCCGGACCAAUAGGAUUACGGGGGCCACCAGGACUGCCAGGAAUCAACUAUCAGGGAGCCAAAGGACGUAUAGGGCCCAUUGGUCGCAGGGGCAUCACAGGGAAACAGGGCUUACCAGGACUCAAGGGAAAAUCUGGCCGCCCUGGUAUCCCCGGAGAGAGAGGUGAACGAGGUGAGGUGGGUCCUCCAGGUCCUAAGGGAGGGCCUCCAGGCAUACAGGGCAUACGAGGACCUAAGGGUACCCGUGGUAACUCUGGCAGACCUGGUGUAAAAGGUCUUCCGGGUGACCCAGGUUUCCCAGGCCUUAAUGGAAGGGAUGGUCAGAAGGGUGCCAGGGGUCUGCCAGGAGAUCGUGGCCUGCCAGGCAUCACUCAGGGUGUGGAGCCUGCUGAGAGGGGUGAGCCUGGUCUGCAGGGGCCACGUGGUAUCCGAGGAAGGGACGGCCUGCCAGGCUUGCCAGGCAUCAAGGGUAUGGCAGGUAACCCAGGCCAGCCAGGAUACCCUGGGCAGCCAGGACAGCCAGGGCAGCGAGGUGAUGAGGGUGAUGUGGGAUAUGAAGGCCCUGAAGGGAGCCCCAGCGAGAAAGGUGAACGUGGUGAACAAGGCAGAGAGGGAUGGCCAGGUAGAUUUGGCCGGCCAGGAAUUCCAGGCCAGAAAGGUCAGCCUGGCAACUUUGGCAUUGAUGGCCCACGAGGAGCUAAAGGAUUCCCUGGAGAGGCUCUGCCAGGUCGGGCGGGUGCACCUGGAGACCAAGGGUUCAGCGGUCCCCCAGGAAGGAAUGGACUGCCAGGUUUGAAUGGUCCAGCUGGCCAGAUUGGAGAGAAGGGCUUCCAGAGAGGUCCUCCAGGCUUACAGGGCAGACCAGGACUCAUGGGGCCAAAAGGUGAGCAGGGUGAACACGGAAUUCCAGGUCUCACACAGCCCCCAGGCCAGCCAGGGCUUCCUGGAGAUCCAGGCUUCCAAGGACUCCCGGGUCUGCCAGGAAGAAGAGGUGAUGCAGGCAUCAAUGGACUCCCAGGGCUGCCGGGAAGACCUGGAAGCUUUGGUGCCAAAGGCCAGCAAGGAGACCCAGGAUUUGAAGGCCAAGCAGGAAUUCCUGGUACUCCUGGGGAGAGAGGCGACCGUGGUGAUAUUGGUAACAUUGGCACCUCCGGCUUCAUGGGCAAGCCUGGCCGUGAUGGUGAGAAGGGAAGCAUGGGUGCAAUUGGUGACAUUGGCCGACGUGGUCUACCAGGACUACCAGGUGAUAGGGGUCCCUAUGGAGAUCAAGGCGAGGAUGGUUUGCCAGGAAUUCAGGGCCUACCAGGAUCUCCUGGUGAGUCAGGUGAACCAGCUCCCCCAGGUCCUCCCCCUCGGCCAAGAGGUUACCUCAUCACCCGCCACUCCCAAGAGGUGAACACCCCCUACUGUCCUGAGGGCACCACCGCCAUGUGGGACGGCUACUCCCUCCUACAUGUGAUGGGUAACCACCGUGCACAUGGACAGGAUCUGGGUGCCUCAGGAAGCUGCCUCCGGAAGUUCAGUACAAUGCCAUAUCUCUUCUGCAAUCUGAACAACGUGUGUGACUUUGCCCAGCGGAAUGACUAUUCGUACUGGCUGUCCACAACCGAGCCCAUGCCUAUGAUGAUGACGCCCAUCGAAGGACCUGACAUUGAGAAAUACAUAUCCAAGUGUGUGGUGUGUGAGGCGCCAUCUCUGGUCAUCGCAGUCCACAGCCAGACACUUGACAUUCCUGACUGUCCUGAGGGCUGGGAUUCUCUUUGGAUUGGAUACUCAUUCAUCAUGCACACAGACUCAGGAGCAGAAGGGUCUGGCCAGUCUCUCAUCUCUCCUGGGUCAUGCCUUGAGGACUUCCGCUCCAACCCGUUCAUUGAGUGCACAGGUCACGGCCGCUGCAACCUAUUCCCCUCUGCUUUCUCUUACUGGCUGGCUACUAUCGAGCUGGAGCAACAAUUCCAAAAGCCUCGCCAACAAACACUGAAGGCUGGAAACCUGAAGUCACGAGUGAGUCGCUGCAACACCUGCAUGAAGCGGCGGAGAGGUUACGUCCUGCCCCCACCAGUCACUCCCCCACCCAAUUACAGGACAGGUGAGUAUCGUCCUCGCCCUGGCCCCUACCCUGAUCGACGUCCCUUCCCCUUCCCCAAUGUAGGUGAUCGCCGGGAUGACAGAUACUAUUAUGGAGGUUAAGUUAUUGUAUAAAUUGUAGUAACAAAGACUCAUCUUAAUGGCUAAGUUGGAAAUUAAUUACUGGAUGCUUCAGUAACUGAGGAGCAAAACUGCAUGUUUAUAGCAGCAUCAUGUGUACAUGUAGUACUGAGUGUAUGUGCCAAGUACUGUUCACUGUGGCUUUAGUAAAUGCCUCGUUGCUUGGCAAGAUUUUAGUCAUUAUGUUAGUCACAUAAUCUUGUUGGUUAUUAUAAUUCACUCUUAAUGCACUAUUUUGCUUUGAUCAUAAUUAUUGCAAAGUUUAGCACAUACCUAUUUAUACUUAUAGAGCUGUCUAAUUAGGUAGUUUUUGGCCAUAAAAUUUAAUCAUUCAUGAAGAGAUAAUAAUAGUCUCUGUCAUAUCAGUUCAGAGUGUGAAGCUCCUCCUGCUGGCACCCUCCACCUGCUGCUAUGUCUGCCACAGGAAGGUGCUGGCAGGACAAAAUGCCACGUAUUAUCUAAGUCAAAAUACUUCUUAUCUUUUAAGCUAUAGUUUCUGCUCACUGCCAUAUUGUGUAUGAUACCAGUGUAAAUGUGUUUACUUUUCUACCUUUAGGAGAGAAAUAUUGUACAUAAACAGAUUUUUAAGCAAUACAACCAGGAAUUUUGUAACAGUUCAUUAACUAUUAUUUUUCUUAUGAAGAAAAGGAAAAGGCUUAGAAAAUAAAGAAAUUCAGAAACUA